UUAAGAGACACCACAGGAAUGGGAAGCAUAGGCAACAAAGGCAGACCAUUGGCGUCGCACCAGGCCCCUCUCUGCACACGCACCCAUCAGAUCGGAUCCCUCCUCCUAGUCGUUACCACCUUCUUCAUCACACGCCUCCUCGACGGCUCCUCCCCCCCCUGCCCUUACAUCUCCGCCAAUCUCAUCCCGACACCGCAGAGCCACGUCGGUCUCACCCCCGGUGGUUCCCUCUCAUGGCCCGAGCGAGGCUACGGGUCCCACCUCUCCCUCAAAAUCUACGUCUACGACGAGGACGAGAUCGACGGUCUCAAGCCGCUUAUGUACGGCCGGGACGGCCGGAUCACCGCCGAGGCUUGCUCGAAGGGCCAAUGGGGCACUCAGGUUAAAAUACACAAGCUGCUUCUGAAGUCGAGGUACAGGACGAGAAAGAAAGAGGAAGCGGACCUGUUCUUUGUGCCGGCGUACGUUAAAUGUGUUCGGAUGAUGGGUGGUCUUAAUGAUGAAGAGAUUAACCAGACCUAUGUGAAGGUCAUAAGUCAAAUGCCGUAUUUCAGGCGGUCUGGAGGCCGUGAUCACAUUUUUGUUUUUCCGAGUGGUAUUGGAGCUCACUUAUUUAGAUCAUGGGCAACUUUCAUAAAUCGUUCCAUUAUUUUGACCCCCGAGGGGGAUCGGACUGAUAAGAAAGACACAAGUUCUUUUAAUACGUGGAAAGAUAUUAUAAUUCCUGGCAAUGUUGAUGAUAGAAUGACUAAAACUGGGGCUACCCUCGUCCAGCCUUUGCCUCUAUCAAAGCGGAGGUAUUUGGCAAACUACUUAGGUCGUGCGCAAGGAAAGGUUGGCCGUCUUCAGUUGAUAAAGCUUUCCAAGCAAUUUCCAGACAAGUUGGAAUCUCCAGAUCUGAAGUUCAGUGGCCCUGACAAAUUGGGAAGGAUAGAGUAUUUCGAACACCUUCGCAAUGCCAAGUUCUGCCUUGCUCCUCGUGGGGAGUCAUCUUGGUCUCUUCGAUCUUACGAGUCUUACUUUGUGGAGUGUGUCCCAGUGAUAUUAUCGGAUCAAGUAGAAUUGCCUUUCCAGAAUGUCAUUGACUACAGCCAGAUAUCAAUAAAAUGGCCAUCCACUCAGAUUGGUCCCCAACUUUUGGACUACCUAGAAUCUAUACCAGAUGAAGAUAUAGAAAGGAUGAUUGCCCGUGGUAGACAACUGAGAUGCCUAUUGGUUUAUGCCCUUGAAGGAGAGUCAUGUUCAGCACUGCAUGGAAUUAUGUGGGAACUUCAGAGGAAAGUUAGGGAAUUUCACCAGUCAGCCGAGACGUUUUGGCUGCACAAUGGAUCUAUUGUAAAUAGAAACUUGGUUGAAUUUUCCAACUGGAAACUUCCCAUGCUUUUGCCUUGAUCAUGGUUGGAGAUCCCUUUGCUUGCCUGUAUCAUUUCUUUUCACAAAGCUAUACCUCAUUUUAUUCAUUGUAGUAGUUAUAGUUUUA